AUGAUCAAAGCUAUAUGUGUCAACAUACAGAUGAUUUUUCAUCUCAACAGUCAAGAAAAUUUUUGCAUAAUUAAUCAAACAACACAAAACUGUAAAAUUACUAGUUCUGUAUGUUAUCAAAAAUGGACGGAGCUUAAUUUGCAAAUUUAUUUAUAUUUCUAUUGCGACAGUAACACAGUUAGAAUUAUUUGCGACGAGCAUGUAUUCUCCCAAAAUAUAAGCAAGGCGGGUAUUAUCCACUUGCAACCAGGAUGUAGCAUAAAGGGGGAUGAUUUUACUUUAAUUUCAUAUCAACAAUUAACAAACACCAUUGAUCUUCAACCGCGGAUAUAUACUCCAACAGUGAACGAAAUUAAUCAUUUAAUAAAUAUAUCAAUCCCGAUUGAAACAAUAAGUGGAUUAAAUGUUUCUAACAUCAAUAAGACCUUUAAUGAUCUCAGCUUGCAAAUAAAGUCAAUUCAGCAAAAUAGUCAAUUGAUCGAUCUUGGUGUAUCAUAUCACGACCUCCACCAGUACAUAGUAUGCUACGUUUUGGUGGCGGCGGUAGGAAUCGCAGCAGUGCUCCUAGCGUGGCGUUGCGUCGGUGCAAAAGGCGGUAAAGCGCGCCUAUUACUCCGAAUAUUCCAUACAGAAACAAUAGUGUGUGUAGUG